AUGCUCAGCGCCCAAUUCGAGCAAUUCUUGAUCGAGGCAUCCAGAUUGAAAGAAGACUAUGCAAAGAAGAUUACGCUGCUGGUCGGCCUCGAAACGGAGUACAUUACGGACGUAGACCUGGAAGCACUCGAAGAGGUUAUUCACAAUAAAGGGCACAUUGAAUACCUCGUCGGAUCUGUUCACCAUGUCAACUCCAUUCCCAUCGACUUUGAUGAGGCGACAUUUCAGAAGUGCCUUGACAGCUUUGCAGUCGAAGAUAUUCAUGAGCAGAUGGAGACCUUUUUGUGCGCUUACUUCGAUGCUCACUAUCAAAUCCUUACGCGGUUCCACCCUGAAGUCGUCGGGCAUUUGGAUCUCUGUCGGCUCUACCGGCCCUCGCUUCGAUUCGCCGACUAUCCUUCAGCUUGGCAGAGGCUGGAGAGGAAUGUUCGAUAUGCUAUUGGCUAUGGCGCCUUGUUUGAGCUUAAUGCUGCCGCUUUGAGGAAGGGCUGGUCUGCUGCAUACCCCGGUCAGGAUGCUGCAAAGCUGAUUUUGGAGAGCGGUGGUCGCUUCGCACUAUCAGAUGACAGUCAUGGACCGCACGCUGUAGGACUCAAUUACAAUAAAUUAUUUGAAUACGCGCGCAAAAUUGGAGUUGAGGAAUUAUGGUAUCUGAAACGCUCUGAGAUUCCCAACACGGCAGCGUAUCUUCGAACACUCCCAGCAAUUCGCGAAAGAUGCGGACGGGUGUAUACUCUUGCACGGCAGGGCAAGCUAGAUUACUUCACAUACGACCCAGAGAAAGAGGCUAAUGCCGCAGAAUUUUGCGUUGAUAUCAUCAAACGCGAUUUUGGAUCUGACUUCGCGUCGAUUCCUCCACAUGGUCGCUGGCGCCACUUGGAUGCCGGUCGUCCCAGAGUCGAGCCUCUGAUUGCGCAAUGGAAAAUAGCGGCAAACCCUCCGAGCCAGAAGGAAAUUACGAAACGCCUCAUCGACCUUUUCUUGGUGUCUGUGUUACUCGAUGCAGGCGCUGGGAAUACAUGGACGUAUCACGAAAAGCAGUCAGACAUGAAGUUCACAAGAUCUGAAGGUUUGGGCGUCGCUAGCAUCAAUAUGUUCGAGGACGGUUUUUUCUCCAGCGACAGGAGUAACCCUCAUCGGGUAGACGCGGCAGGAUUGUCGUGUAUCUCACAAGAAAUGACCGCUGCUGCCAUGCAGGUCAAUGAUUCUAAUCCCAUGGUCGGCAUCGACGGGCGAACAUCUCUGCUCAUUCAUCUAAGCAAGGCCUUGGAAGAGAAACCGGCCUAUUUUGGGUCUGAUGCCAGGCCAGGUAACCUAAUAGACUUCCUGGAGUCCGAGUCAAUCGCAGAGGGAUCUACGCGACGUGUCCAUAUUUUCUGUUUAUGGACUGUCCUCAUCGAGGGUCUCGCCUCAAUCUGGCCUGCGACAAGGACUACCCUGGGUGGCGUUUUGCUCGGUGAUGUUUGGCCAUGUAACGCUCUGAAGUCAAGUGCAGUGGCAGAAGGGGAUGAGCUCGUACCUUUCCACAAACUGACGGGUUGGAUCACAUACAGCUUGAUUGAGCCUAUUCAGAAGGUCCUGGGCUGGGAGUUUGAAGGAUUGGAACACAUGACUGGUUUGCCGGAAUAUCGCAACGGUGGAUUGCUCGUCGAUUUAGGCGUACUUACCCUCAGGGAUGGGGCGCUCCCUGCCAAUUUCUAUCCCCACUCUGAUUCGCCUAUUCCAAGGCUGCCCCCUUCUCAUCCAGCGAUUGUAGAAUGGCGGGCAAUGACCGUUAUCGAAUUAGACCGGAUUGCUGCCGCAAUUCGCCAGAAACUCGGGUUGACUGCGGAGCAGUUGUCGCUGGCACAAGUGUUAGAAAGCGCAACUUGGAAAGCAGGCCGAGAGAUUGCAAAGGAGAGGCGUCCGGCUACCGGAGGUCCCCCGAUUGACAUUGAGAGUGAUGGCACCGUCUUUUAG